UCUUAUGGCUCGGGAUGGCUCUCGGCGGACGGGCAGCUGCGGCAGCUGCUGCUGUGGCUCAGGCGGCGGCGGCGCGGCGGCGGCGGCAGAGGGGGCUCCGGGGUCGGACCAUCCGCUCUCCCUGCGCUCUCCGCACCGCGGCUUAAAUGAUGUAUUUUGUGAUCGCAGCGAUGAAAGCUCAAAUUGAAAUUAUUCCAUGCAAGAUCUGUGGAGACAAAUCAUCAGGAAUCCAUUAUGGUGUCAUUACUUGUGAAGGCUGCAAGGGCUUUUUCAGGAGAAGUCAGCAAAGCAAUGCCACCUACUCCUGUCCUCGUCAGAAGAACUGUUUGAUUGAUCGAACCAGUAGAAACCGCUGCCAACACUGUCGAUUACAGAAAUGCCUUGCCGUGGGGAUGUCUCGAGAUGCUGUAAAAUUUGGCCGCAUGUCGAAAAAGCAACGCGACAGCUUGUAUGCAGAAGUACAGAAACACCGGAUGCAGCAGCAGCAGCGGGACCACCAACAGCAGCCUGGAGAGGCCGAGCCGCUGACUCCCACCUACAGCAUCUCGGCCAACGGGCUCACGGAGCUUCACGACGACCUCAGCAGCUACAUCGACGGGCACACCCCCGAGGGCAGCAAGGCAGACUCUGCCGUCAGCAGCUUCUACCUGGACAUACAGCCUUCCCCGGACCAGUCAGGUCUUGAUAUCAACGGAAUCAAACCAGAACCAAUAUGUGACUACACACCAGCAUCAGGCUUCUUUCCCUACUGCUCUUUCACCAACGGAGAGACGUCCCCAACUGUGUCCAUGGCAGAACUAGAACACCUUGCACAGAAUAUAUCUAAGUCACAUCUGGAAACUUGCCAAUACUUGAGAGAAGAGCUCCAGCAGAUAACGUGGCAGACCUUUCUGCAGGAGGAGAUUGAGAAUUACCAAAACAAGCAGCGGGAGGUAAUGUGGCAAUUGUGUGCCAUCAAAAUUACAGAAGCUAUACAGUAUGUGGUGGAGUUUGCCAAACGCAUUGAUGGAUUUAUGGAACUGUGUCAAAACGAUCAAAUUGUGCUUCUCAAAGCAGGUUCUCUGGAGGUGGUAUUUAUCAGAAUGUGCCGUGCCUUUGACUCUCAGAACAAUACCGUGUACUUUGAUGGGAAAUAUGCUAGCCCCGACGUCUUCAAAUCCUUAGGUUGUGAAGACUUUAUUAGCUUUGUAUUUGAAUUUGGAAAGAGUUUAUGUUCUAUGCACCUGACUGAAGAUGAAAUUGCAUUGUUUUCUGCAUUUGUCCUGAUGUCAGCAGAUCGCUCAUGGCUGCAGGAAAAGGUAAAAAUUGAAAAGCUGCAACAGAAAAUUCAGCUAGCUCUUCAACACGUCCUACAGAAGAAUCACCGAGAAGAUGGAAUACUAACAAAGUUAAUAUGCAAGGUGUCUACAUUAAGAGCCUUAUGUGGACGACAUACAGAAAAGCUAAUGGCGUUUAAAGCAAUAUACCCAGACAUUGUGCGACUUCAUUUUCCUCCAUUAUACAAGGAAUUGUUCACUUCAGAAUUUGAGCCAGCAAUGCAGAUUGAUGGGUAAAUGUAUCACCUAAGCACUUCUAGAAUGUCUGAAGUCCAAACAAUGAAAAACAAACAAACAAACAAAUUAACCGAGACACUUUAUAUGGCCCUGCACAGACCUGGAGCGCCAACACACUGCACAUCCUUUGGUGAUCGGGGUCAGGCAAAGGAGGGGAAACAAUGAAAACAAAUAAAAGUUGAACUUGUUUUUCUCAUGCAUAUGAUUUCCAUUAUGCCUACAGAUAUGGACCCUUUUUCUGUCUCGACUUCUUGAUCAUUGACCUCUGUUUACAACAGAAGGCGGGUACUAAAGUCAGAGGAUGUCCUUUUUUUGUAGCUCACUGCCCACAGACUUUCUACAUCUGUCGGUAACAACAGAGAGUCCAGCACUAAUCGGUGACUGGUGUGCAUAGCGGAGGUUGUGGCAUUACUUUGCACAACUUGCUGUUUGUCUCAUGAAGGAAGUUUUUAUUUUUUCACCGAUUAUUGCCAGUCAGCAGGAUGGCACGAAAAGGGUCCAUAGCACUAGCAACAAUAGCAUUAUAAUAUAUUACAGGGUAAAUGGGCAUGAAGACUAUAUAUAGCUAAAAGAGAUAUUGUUUAUAUAUUGUUUUAAUUAAUAUAAAAUGUAGUUACUGGUGUAGCUUUUCCUGUUGAAUUGAUAAGGCACUUUCAUUUUGCACCUUUUUUCUUUAAAUUAAAUGCUAGCGUGUUCACUGUCGUGUCGCAUGUGCACCAGAAACACAAGUUUAACUGAGAAGGCUUGGAAGGUACGUCGGGAGGUAUUUAUGCUGCUGUUUACACAAUUACUUUUAAAAGACUGGCUGGUCAUAUCUAGAAAUCACGCUGUUGGAUUAAUUUUUUUUUUU